ACCUUCCCCCGGCCGACCCGACUACUGUCACUGCCAGCGGGAUGGGGGACAGUCAGUACCAGCACCCCGUGUCCCUCCACUGGGGGGAAGGUCCGAAGAAGCUUAAGAAGCUGAAAAACAAACUUCUGCUGUAUUUCCAGAAGAGGAGCGAAUCUAACGGAGGGGAUUGUGAGAUCCGAGACACCGACUGCAGCCGGGGAUACGUCCUCAUACACUUCAAGGAGAAGGAGGUGCAGGAUCGAGUCCUCCAGAAGGAGCUCCAUGUGCUGAAACUGCCAAACAGUGAAGAAUUACAUCUGACGAUCACACUGCCAAAUGCCGGGGGUCCAGACACGGCGGGGGACACCCCAAAAUCUGCCACAGCUUCACAGGCCGGUCCUGCUGCGGACGGGAGCGCUCAGGACAAAACCGCACCAGACAAUGAGGUGACACAGGAGCCCAAGUCCUCUCUGGUUCUGAUCGAGAAGGUCCAGGACAGCUACACUCCUGAGAUGUUAAACCUCCUGGUGGAGAAUAUAAGUCAAAAGACGGAAGGAGAGGACUUCUAUCUGGAGAGAAUUCUGGAGAUCCAGUCUGCUGUUGUCACCUUCACAUGUGAUAUCGAUAUUCCGACAUUCAUCAGAACUUUCUCCAGCAGCCUCAGAGUGGCUCACACCAAACUGACAGCGAGGCCUCUGGAGGAACCCCAAAGUGUCAGGGUGGAGAAUUUACCGGAGAACACAUCUGAGAUGCACCUGGCAGCUUUCUUCGAGAGCCCAAAACAAGGAGGAGGAAGAGUAGAAGAAACUGUGAUGUUACCGGAGGAAAGAGCCGCAUUGAUCACGUUUCAUGAUGCAGCAGAUGUUAAAAGAGUUUUGGAGAAGGAGCAUGUGUUUUCCAAGAGAAAGAUAUCCGUGUUCCCUUACUACCCCAUGCUGAGUAUAGCACUGUAUGGGCAGCAAGGACCUUGUAUAGAAAUACCAAAGCCCAUAGAGUUCAAUAUCAGUCCCUACAUAUUGCAACAUAUCUGUAGUAAUGAAGGAUUAAAGAACAACAUAGCUAAGAAGAUGGCGGAUAAACACUGUGAGAUCAAAUGGCCAGCUCAAGACUGCCAGAAUCCUGCCCUUCAACUCAUCUUCCCUCCUUCCUCGGCCACUCAUCUCAGGUCUGCGGCAAAACUUGUGCCGAAAUGGAAUGAGGAGGUUUGGAAUGAAUUCUCACUUCUCAUAUCAAAGUUCACAGUAAAAGAAUAUAAAAUGGAUGAGUCGGUCUGGGAAGCUAUCAGAGAACAUGUCAGCAGCUCCACCUAUGACAGAGUACUCAUCAAACCUGACUUUGAUUCAGACAAAGUUUUCUUGGCCGGAAUGUCCAAGGAUGUUACCGAGAUUGACCCGACAUUCAGACAAUUGGUGGAGGAAACCUCAGAAAAGGUGGAAAGAAAGAAUCAAACCAAAACUGAGAUGUUAUCCAUGUCCCCAGCCCUCUAUCAGAUCAUGUGUAACAGCGGCCUGAAGAAGAAGAUACUGGACCAAGUUCCAGAGCUGAAGAUGGACUAUGAUGUGCCAACAAAGAAAGCCCGGCUAUCAGGACUGAGAGAUGAGGUGCUCACUGCCAAAUGUGAGAUACUCAACCUCAAACAAGAAAUGAAAAGUAAAUCCAUCCAGAUGAAUCCACAUCUCGUUCAGUUCCUGAGAUCCUCCGAUAAUGAGGACCUGUCCUGUCUGCUGUUUGUACGUCACAACAUGAACGCACUGCUGGAGAUUGAUGAUGACAAUGUUAAACUGACGGCUUACUCAAAGAACGACUUGAUGGAGGCUGAAGAACAAAUGAAAGAAGAACUGGUUCACCGGGAACUUCCUGUGGAAGACAAAAGUCUGCUGAAAACUCCAGAGUGGAGAAGUCUCCAAUCCCAUCUCCUCCAGUCAUUUAAUGCAGAGAGCUUGACAGUCCAGAUUCUGGAAUCUUCUUCUGGGACAGAGGACAAUGUGGUUAUCAGCGGCCUGUCUUCAAGUGUACAAAUAUGCUACGAGCAGGUCGGUGACUUCCUGGAGAAGAACACCACCACACAGGCAGAGAUUCCAGUCCAAGGAUCGGCCAUAAUGAAGUUCAUUUGGGAGGAAAGAAAGGAGAUUUUGGAGAAGAUAAAGAAAAAUGUAAAUGUAACAAAAAAUGAGAACAACGUAUGUGUGUCGGGCCCGCGGGUGAAGGUUCGAGAGGCAGAAAAUGACAUUAGGGACAUUGUGGACUCACUUCACUGUGAUGUUCUGCGGAUUGACAAACCGGGAGCCAAGAAAUUUUGGAAUGCCAAUAAAGAAUUGCACGUUACAGCCGCAAGGACAAACUUCCAUUGUGUGAUAGUUCUGGAGGAGGCCGGUGUGGAGGAGAAUCUAUUUAGUAAAUCACGAUUUGAAAUGAACCUUUCUAAGGGUCUGACCCUCUCUGUAUAUAAAGAUGACCUGUGCCGUCACAAUGUAGAUGUCAUUGUGAACGCAGCCAAUGAAGAUCUGAAACAUAUUGGGGGGUUGGCAAAAGCUAUUCUGGAUGCAGCAGGACAUAAACUCCAAGAUGACUGCGAUAAGAUUAUCAGGAAGGAUGGAACAUUGUCCACCGGCGAUUCAGUCAUCACCGAGGCCGGGAAAUUGCCGUGCAAACAGGUCAUACACACAGUCGGUCCCCGGUGGGACUCACGUUCUCCCUCCAGAUGUGAAAGGCUUCUACGAAGGGCGAUCACCACCAGUCUACAGCUGGCCUCCGAGAAGGGUCACAGUUCAAUAGCAAUCCCAGCCGUCAGCUCCGGGGUGUUUGGAUUUCCCUUAAAGUUAUGUGUGGAAAACAUAUUGGAAGCUAUACGGGACUACACAGAGACGCCGGGACUACAGAGCACUUUACAGAGGAUCCAUCUGGUGGACACCAAAGACGAAACUGUCAACAUUUUCUCCCAGGUCACAAAGGCCAAAUUUGGUAACCAGACCAGCACCGUGCCAUCUACAGCAACGGCACCCCAGCCGAGCCCAAGAGUGGCAGAGAGCCCACAACGGCGAGUGAGUAAAGGGAACGCUGUGAUGACCAAGGGAGGACUGAAGAUCAAACUGCUUCAGAAGAACAUUGAGGACUGUUCGACGGAUGUCAUUGUGAACAGUGUAGGAUCUGAUCUGGAUCUGAAUGCCGGCGCCAUAUCUGCAGCCUUGUUCAAUCGGGCCGGCUCCGAGAUCCAGCGGCUUCUGAAUGAUGAAAGUCGGGGCGCGCAGGGGGUAGCAGGAUCUGUGUACAGCACCGACGGCUGCAACCUCAACUGUCAGGAGGUUCUCCAUGUUGUGACCCCUCACUGGGACAGCGGACAAGGAACAUCAGAAACGAUUCUUCGCACAAUUAUUAAACAAUGUUUGACGCUGGCGGAGCAGAACCAGAGGACAUCAAUAUCAUUUCCAGCUUUUGGGACCGGCAAUCUCGGCUUCCCGAAGCCUGUCGUGGCAUUUGUGAUGUUCGAUGAGAUUUCCCAGUUUAGCUGCAAAACCAGAGUGCAGAAUCUUCAAGAAGUUGAUUUGGUCCUAAUCACUCUAUUUUAA